GAAGAAGGAGUUUGUUUCAUGAAGAACACGUAGAAGAACUUCUCUGAUGAUCUUUAUUCACAAGGUGUUCUUUACAUAAUAUAGACUUUCUCAAGUCUAUAAGAAAGGAAAAUACGUUGGUUGAUAUAUUGCUAUGUACACUGAAAGGAAGUUUGCCAUUUACGAGGAUUCAAUCAAGGCUUCUGAGUAAAUCUGGAAGAUUUCAUUCUGAUUCAUCAAACCCUCCAUUUGAUCUUGAGGUUUUGCUUAGUUGCUUACUGGAGAAGAAAUCAUUUGACUUCAUCUCUAGUUGAUUGAUUGUCUUGAACGUGUGCUUCGGUUCGGUUAUCCUCAACACCACAUGCCUACCAGUAGUUCUCCUAUAUAUACUCUCUAAUCAUCCUCCUAAUUCCUCGCCGGAGCAUACAGAUCCGCCGGAGAAUCUCGCCGGCGGCUAAACCAUAGAGAUCCAGUAUUGGAAAGAACACGCCGGCUCUCUGCUCCAAUGGGUCUAUCUCAAGUUUCUCUCUUUCUUAUCCUCGAGGUGGUUCUUCUCUUUGUCAAUGGCGGUUCUGGAACCACCUUCUCCAUUAUCAACCAGUGUGGCUACACCGUUUGGCCGGGGCUUCUCUCCGGCGCCGGAACCUCCCCUCUACCGACCACCGGCUUCGUCCUUAACCCAUCGGAGACACGUGUCAUCCCCAUCCCCGCCGCUUGGUCCGGCCGCAUCUGGGGCCGUACACUCUGCUCUCAGGACGAAUCGACCGGGAAAUUCUCUUGCAUCACCGGCAACUGCGGCUCCUCCGCCUUGGAAUGCUCCGGAACCGGCGCCGAACCACCGGCGACCCUCGCCGAGUUCACCCUCAACGGCGCCGGAGGGCUCGACUUCUACGACGUCAGCCUCGUCGACGGCUACAACAUCCCCAUGACCAUCGUCCCGCAGGCCGGAGUCCCCAGCGCCGGAAACUGUACGGCAACGGGGUGCAUCACCGACCUCAACGGUCCAUGCCCCGCGGUGCUGAAGGUGUCGUCGCGGUCACCGGAGCAGGCGGUGGCGUGCAAGAGCGCGUGCGAGGCGUUCGGGGAGCCGCAGUACUGUUGCAGCGGAGCGUACGGAACACCGGACACGUGUAAGCCGAGCGAGUACUCGGAGUUCUUCAAGAGCGCGUGUCCUAGGGCUUAUAGCUAUGCUUACGACGACGGGACAAGCACCUUCACUUGCUCCGGUGCUGAUUACGUCAUCCCCUUCUGUCCUUCUCCGACCACGAGCAUGAAGAGUCUGCAACCGGAGGCGGUCAUCGUCUCCACCGCUUCGCCGAGAUUCUCCGCCGCGUUUUCCUUCGGCGUUUUGGCCGCAGCUGUUUGGACCGUUGGCCGCGUUUGCUUAUAUAUUCUUUUCAUUGGGAAAUCAGACCAGUUUUUUUUCUUCUUUUUGCACUAUCAGUAUAGAAGAAGAUUAGAGAAAAAAUCAUUCAGAAGAAAGAUUUGUUUUGUUCAAGAGAUUAAAUAUCAGUGAUGCUU